AUGCUGCCGUGGCUGCUGCUGCUGGCCCUCGGCCCUGCCGGCGUCCGGCCAGACUGGCUCAGCAUCAGUCUGCAGCGCCAUGCCUACGAAGGAGACAGGGUGGUUGUGAGGUGCUUUGGAGAAGAGAAUGAUAAAAUAAAGAAACUGAUGUACUACAAGGAUGGAUCUCAGAUAGCCAGCUACUCUAGCGCCUCCAGCCACUCCAUUUCCAACGCCAGACCCAGGGAUAGCGGCUCCUAUUUCUGUAAGGCAGAUAGGACAAAAUUUUUCUUCUUCACCGGGACAGAAGAAUCAAGCUCUCGACGGCUCACUGUGCAAGAGCUGUUUCCGGAACCUUCCCUCACAGUCAGCUCCUUGCAGCCCAUUGAGGACACCUCGGUGACCCUGUCGUGUGACACCCGCCUCCCCUCAGACAGGGCAGGGACCCAGCUUCGGUACUCCCUCUUCAGGGACGGCCACACCAUAAAGCUCCAGAGCUCCUCCAGCUUUUGGACCUUAGCAUUGCGGAAGGAGGACUCCGGGAAUUACUGGUGCGAGGCAAUGACGGCAUCCGGCAGCGUCUCCAAGCGGAGUCGUCAGACCAGCGUCCAGGUGCACAGUGAGUGUCAGUGGCUGCGCUGGCGGGACAGCUGCUGUCCUCGGUGCGAGAGGGACCCUCUGAGCCUCAGAAACCUCUGGAGAGGAGAAGUCUAA